CCGAGUGAUUACUUCCGCUCCUCGCCGUCAUGUCCGCGGGGAAGGAGCCCGCGGACGCCGGUGGGAACGGCCUGUUGCGAGGCGGUCGGAGCAGCAAGUCUUACGGCAGCCUGGUCCGGUCCAAUGUGUCUCCGGUCCGACGGAGACCCAUCGAACAUUGCAUCCAGCCCGGCGAAACACUUCAAGGCCUCGCCCUCAAAUAUGGAGUCACUACCGAGCAAAUCAAGCGAGUCAACCGUCUGUAUACCAACGACUCCAUCUUCCAAAGGAAGUCCUUGUCCAUUCCUGUGCCGUCACGCUCGGAGGCUCACGAAGAGGAGGAUGACCAAGGUGAACGUUUGAACGAUGAGCUGUCCCGGGCUGAUAAGAGCCCGACGGCGAGCUCCUCCGGCAAAGAGUUGACGCCGACGGAUUUCUUAAGCCGAUUGGACGGCAUUAUCAGCGAGUCCAAGCGGGCGGCCGCCAGGAGAUGGCAGGAUGCGGAGAAGAGGCUGGCCGAUCUAGAGGCACUUUGCUCCAGCAGGAUGAACGAGCGUCCGGCGGCGCCGCCGCCGCCAUCGUCGGCCGCCGCCGCCGUGCCGCUCACCGCCACCAAGCUGACAAUGAAAUUGCGGGAGCGAGAGGACGACAUCUUUGAGCUGUGAAGCGACAACGCUAACAUAGUCUGACACUGAACCUGGGUAUGCUUUGAAAUAUAUUUUUAACACUAUUAGAUCCAUAUGUAGUAUGCGCCUCUAUGCGACGUGUCACAUGGAGGCAAGUCACAUGGUGGCGGUCACAUGAUGGCGAUCACGAGAGCGUGUGUGAAGCGGCCUCACAGGCCCUCCGUGCACAACAAUAGGCAAUAGUGUUCUCCGCUUAUUAACUUAUUCACCAAAAACUGAAGCUUUUUGAUACAGGGCACAUGAGUAUGACUAAUUCAUGUAAACAUGUUGAGAUGGAGGGAGGAGUGUGAUCAUUCUGUCUAUGUAGCUUUUGUAAAGUUUAAUAAACAGUUGAAGUAUAAAAAGUACACCGUGAGUCGUAGUUUGUUUGUGAGUCCAUCUAGUUGAAUAACAUUCAAAUAAAUUCAACUGCUCUGAGAUCUGAUCAUAUAAAUGACCUACACAUAAUGUAAAUCAUUAAAUAGACCGCUCACACAAGCAUUGAUGUCACCUUAUUGGCUUUAUUAUCAUCAUCAUCAUCAUUAUUAUUAAUAUUGGAUGUUUUUUUCCAAACUUCUGUAGCUUCAAUAUUAUUUUCCUCUUGCUGAUACAACAUCCUGACCGCUAGAUGGCAGCAUUGUAUCAGCAAUGUAUCUGCCGCUUCUUCCUCUUUCCACGGAAACAUGGAUCCUAAUUCAUAAGUUUUAAAACAGUGUGAACCACUUUGUUCUAGUCUGACCUGCUGUCAUAACGACACCUCAAAAAAAAAA